GGGUGGCCGAGGCCCAGGCGGCGGCGCGCGGGGAGCGGCGGGAGCAGGCCCGGCCCGGCCCAGGCGCGGCGGCCCGGCUGCAGCAUGCGCGUCCGCCGGGGGCUGCUGCGGCUGCCGCGCCGCUCGCUGCUCGCCGCGCUCUUCUUCUUCUCGCUGUCGUCCUCGCUGCUCUACUUCGUCUAUGUGGCGCCCGGCAUAGUGAACACCUACCUCUUCAUGAUGCAAGCGCAAGGCAUUCUGAUCCGGGACAACAUGAGAACGAUAGGCGCUCAGGUGUAUGAGCAGGUGGUUCGCAGUGCCUAUGCCAAGAGGAAUAGCAGCGUAAAUGACUCAGAUUAUCCUCUGGACUUGAACCACAGUGAAACCUUCCUACAAACCACAACUUUCCUCCCUGAAGACUUCACCUACUUUGCAAACCAUACCUGCCCCGAGAGGCUCCCUUCCAUGAAGGGCCCAAUAGACAUUAACAUGAGUGAGAUUGGAAUGGACUACGUUCAUGAACUCUUCUCCAAAGACCCGACCCUCGAGCUCGGGGGCCACUGGAAGCCUUCUGAUUGCAUGCCUCGGUGGAAGGUGGCGAUCCUAAUCCCCUUCCGGAACCGCCACGAGCACCUCCCGGUCCUGCUCAGACACCUGAUCCCCAUGCUUCAGCGCCAGCGCCUACGGUUCGCGUUCUACGUGAUCGAGCAGGUGGGCACCCAGCCCUUUAACCGGGCCAUGCUUUUCAAUGUCGGUUUUCAAGAAGCCAUGAAGGACUUGGACUGGGACUGCCUCGUUUUCCAUGACGUGGAUCAUAUCCCAGAAAGUGAUCGUAACUAUUACGGAUGUGGACAGAUGCCAAGGCACUUUGCAACUAAGUUGGAUAAGUAUAUGUAUCUGCUUCCUUACACGGAGUUCUUUGGCGGAGUGAGCGGCUUGACAGUGGAGCAGUUUCGGAAAAUCAAUGGCUUUCCUAAUGCGUUCUGGGGUUGGGGCGGAGAAGAUGACGACCUGUGGAACAGAGUGCAGAAUGCAGGCUAUUCUGUGAGCCGGCCGGAGGGCGACACGGGGAAGUACAAGUCCAUUCCUCACCACCAUCGAGGAGAAGUGCAGUUUCUUGGAAGGUAUGCUCUGCUGAGGAAGUCCCGAGAACGGCAACCGCUGGACGGCCUCAACAACUUGAACUACUUUGCAAACAUCACGUACGACGCCUUGUACAAAAACAUUACUGUCAACUUGACACCCGAGCUGGCUCAGGUGAGCGAGUACUGAGAUGAGGAGAGGAUCUGUCUGCUUGCCCGCCGCCGGGAGGGCAGCCUGCUGCGCUGUCCCGGGCUCCACACAGGGAGAGCGCAGAAUGCAGCAGCUCGGGAGGACUGCAGGGUCGAGGAGCAGACGUGAGCGGAGUCCCCGCGCAGACCCGCGGGGCGAGGGAGCGAGCUGGCGCCGUCCUCAUCAGGACUGGCUCUCUCGUUUCACAAGACGGACGGCCGUCCUGCUGCCCUCUCCCCCGUCUCCUGCCCCCACGUCCCCUCAGCCACGAUCCCCAGAACCGAACGGUGACCUGCCGUGUCCUGCCGCGGAGCCUGCUUCUACGAACGGCCUUUGGAGCUUCUUGGCCUUCAGAGCACAGAGGGAGACCCACCCCGGGCAGCCGUGUCUUAGGAAGAACGAGGAAACUCCACACGCCAUUCCUCCACGUCUCUGGUGUUCUCUUUGGUUUCAUUUUUUUUAAAAACUUAUCUGCUUCGGGUGGGGAUCAAGGGUGGAGGGGAGGGGCUGGGGAGGCUAAACAGACAUGUAACAGUCACUUCUUGAAGAAGUAUAAUUGUAAAUAAGCCAUGCGAAAUGCCUUUUUUAAAUUUAAUUUUAUAGCUGGCUCCAGUUCAAACUGAGGAUUUGUACAUUAGGUCACUUAUUCGGUUGGCAGAUGCGGGGACUCAGUUAAAAUGCAGGGGAACAUCUCGCCUCCCAGGUCGCCUUCGCUUCGGGAGGGAGUGGAUUUAGGGCACGUCACGAAAAGAACGAAAGCGGCCAAUCUCUGUCGCUUCUGCCCCUCCCCUCCCCCGUCCCCGAAAGUCCUGCUCCUGACUUUGCUCUGGGUCCUCUCGUCCGGAGGCUCGCUGCUCCCCCCGCUCGGAGCUUGCCCUGAAUUCAGGGGCCCACUGUGCGCCCCUGCCCUCCCGGUUUUAUUCCUUGUCCUUACGUCACAGAGAGGGUGGGUGUUGAGUUUUCCUCCUUCUUUCUUUCUUUCUCUCUCUUUUUUUUGCUCUUGUGGAACUUGGCCACACUUUCUGAAAUCUGUGCCUAAAUUACCAGCUAGCUUCACUGAUUCCUCUGAAUAUUUCCCUUUCGGUUUCUGGAAAGAUUCUUUGUCCACAUUAUUAACUAGUACAUAGAAGUAAAGAGCCUUGACUUAUGAAGAACUCAGCCAGGGGCAGGUGACACUUGCGUGCUGUGGGUCAUUGGGCUCCAGAUUAGACCAAAUCAGAGCUUGAAAGUCAGGCCAACAAAGCUCAGGAUGGAGAGCCCAAGUGCUCGCGCCCUGUGUGGUCUUUGAAGUCAGAUUCUAAAUUGCAUUUGAGUCUGUGCCUCUGUUUUUCCCUGAGCCAGAACCCUCGAUUCAUAGCCCCAGUUGGCUUCUACAGAAUUCUGAAAAAUGCCAGUUUUUCCCUCCUUUUCCAUAGAACAUAGUUAUACAUGGUGAUUAGGAGUACUUUAUGAAGAGUACUUCAUAUUUUUUUCAAUUGCCUUGUUUGCCUUCAACUUCCUUAAUUUUCAUGGUUUACAUGGAUGUGUGUGUGUCGGGGGUGUAUUUGUGUAUAUACGUGUGGGUUUGUUUUUCUGUCGCAUGUGUUGGUUCCAUGGACAUAUGAUCCCCACGUGCUGUGGGAGUGACUGGCCAGGCGUUGUUUCUUGUUCGUGUUUCUGUUCUUUUGAAGAAUAGAGUGGUAUUUAGAAAAUAAAUUGCAUUGUGAAGCUCUUAUCGGCUCAUAUGAGAGAGCAGGCCCUGCCCUUGAGAGUGCUGGUAAGUUGUAUCAUAUGUUUUAAAAGAGCUCUGAGCAUUUCAUGCUUUAAACUACCUUCACGAGGGAACAUUACACACACAAGUUCAUUGGGGUUUUUUUUUGAUGUGUGGUGCAUAGCAAUAAAGAUUCCUUCCGCUUUUCUCCCCUGCCCCCCAGCCUCUGUGCUGGCCUGGCUGUCCCCGCCUUCUCGUUCUCCCCUCUUCUCCUCUCUCAUCACUGAAGGCAGCGAGCUGCUUUCAGUGUGACACAACCAUGAUGUCGUUCGGAAGAAUUUGCCAGGACAGACUGAUUCUUGGUGAAGGAUGACGUGUGUUCUCAUGGCAGUGUUGUAAAAUGAUCUCGUUUGAAGCUUUUUCAUUAACAUGUUUACCACCAAGAACAAAAUGUUGGCCAAGGCUGAUGCCGGCUUUUAAAAAGAUGCUGGUUAGAGGAGAGAGGGGGCCCUCUUCACGCUCGAAGGAGGGUCACUUCAGUGAGCUUGUGAUCAUUUGUAAGUUUAAUAGUGUGAAGUCUUACUGCGCACUGUUACUCCUGUGUCCACCAAGUUGAGUAUCGUGUAGGAAAUGUAAAAAGAUACAGCCGCCCGCUGUUACUGGUGUGAAAUUCUCGUGUGCAAAAAAAAGACCAAUAAGAACCAAAUGUGACCUUGUGCAUAUUUUGGCAGCUGAAAUUCUUUAAGGCUACUGAUGGGUGACCCUGAAUCAGCCCUGUCUUUGACAGCCGCGUGCCGGGAAAGGGUUUUCCUUUCACGUUGUUUUUCUUUGGGGGGGGCGGGGACUGUUUGCAAAAAUAAUCAUUUUGACAUUACGGGGACUCCUGCUAGAGCUCCUCCACCGCAGGCUUUGAUAGCUAAGCAGCAGCCGCGUGUAUCAACUGUGUCCACUCACUGUCAAUGGUGGCAUUGAGGGUAGCUAGCUUAUUUCCAUCACUACGUUUUUUUGAGCUUGCUCUUAUGUUUUAAGAGGUGCCAGGGGUACAUUUUUGCACUGAAAUCUAAAGAUGUUUUAAAAACACUUUUCACAAAAAUAGUCCUUUGUCAUUACAUUAUUUACUCAUGUGUUUGUACAUUUUUGUAUGUUAAUUUAUGAAUGAUUUUUUCAGUAAAAAAUACAUAUUCAAGAACCAAA